ACUCAUCUGAAACCAAUGAGACUUAAUACUAGUCAGCGUUUUACAGUAUAGCCACCUUGUCAGAGUCCGUUAUCAUCUGAAGAUGAGUGUUUUCUGUGUUAAAAAAGCAGUUCUUUUACUUUGCUUUGCAUCGACCAUCUCGGCAGUGAUGUGGCCAGGAGGAUCAUAUACAUUGCUAAAACCAGAUACUGGAUGUCCACCAACGUGGCUGGAUGGAUGGCGAUACCAGGACAAUGAAAACAAUAACAACAGCAACUCCAUAAGCUUCGGGCAUCACUUUUUUGGUAUCAUUGAGGAAAAACCCAUCAAUUUGAAUUUCUCCUUCUGUACCAAGAACCCUCAGGAUGUUAGUGACGGGGGACAAUGGCCUUCUGGGAGCUAUUGCAUCAUGAGGCACGGAGAAACAUGCCCCCCUGGAGGUUUUGAGAAUGGAAGCAUUUUUUGGGAUGACGAAAACGACAAAAACAAAAACAGUGCUGGCGGAGUAUUACCAAGCGGACAAUACGACAAAGACACGAUGAUUAACUACUGCUGCAGGAAAGAUGGUAACUUCACUACACCAAUCCAACUUCCGGCUUCCCUGCCAUUCCAUCUGCUUAGAUUUAAUUCCCCUUGCCAGGCAGUCAAAGGAAUGAACUCCAGAGAAUUAAGAAUAAAUUUCGACGACGAAAAUGAAAACAAUAAAGACCAUGCAUAUGGAUCCCAUCCUUAUGGACCGCGUCCGGGUAAAAAGGAUAACGCCCUCGUGUACUGCUACUAUAAUCCGAUUUAAUAAAAUAUUUACCUACAGUU